AUUUGUUUUAACAGUUAAUAAAAUAUUAUACUUUAUUUUAUGCGCGUCUAGUAUCCUCGCUCGAAUGAACUUAGGUUCUAUCUUCCUUAACUUUUUACUGCUCUGUAAACCCGUCGCAAGCCAUUGAAUCGAAUCAAUGUCAACAAUCACCCGUAAUUAGGUUAAUAACAUAAAUCUGUGAAGCGAUUUGUUGUAGUGACUAACGGUUCUGGUUUGGACUGCGUUUAACUUCAUUUUCUUUGUAUGUCUCCAUUGAGGUGUAAUGUUUUGUAUCUAAUGAAUAUCUGAUUAAUAAUGCUGGCUGGUUAAAAUAGUAUGUAGGUGUACGAUUAACGUAAUUAUUGAAUAUUUUUUGUCACGAAACUUUAGAUUAUAAUUUUAGUUUUAGAUACAAAAGCUAUUUUUUGUAAAGUUUUAGGUUAAGUGUUCAAAUUCCGACCAAGUAAAUUAUCGUCUGAAUUUUAAGUGCAAGUGAUAUUUAAUAUGAUACAAGAGGCCUUUAAAAAUGUGAGAAACUGGGUUACAUAAAAGUUUACAUAACCCAACAAGCACUUUAAAAUCUUGCAAAAUAAAAUGAAUUUUUUAUUGUAACAAUUUUAUUACUAUCUCAAGGUGAUUCAGAUAACGUUGAUACGAAUUAUCAAGUAUCCAUACCCUUUGAUGUUUAUCAUUGAAAAUCGUAUUACAAAUUAUUCAGGCAUCGCUUACAAUACACAAAACGUUAUAAAGCUGAAGGCCGUAAUUUCCUUUACAUGAACAUGUUUUAUCCCAACAUUUUAGUACCUACGUUCGAUCUGUAAAAUGGCUUUGUAUAUAUGUAUAUUUAAAUGUCUUUGUAUAUUUGUAGAAAACACAAUGCACGAUGCACUCAAGUAAUUAUUUCUUUGUCUUACGAACACAAUUUUAAUUACAACGCACUAUUAUACUUACGAACAACAUACUAUAUUUAUUCACUGAAUCAUCACAAACAACUAAUUUCAACUUACCUAAGAGUUUCAUUGUUUAGUGAAUUGAACUUAGAAUUUGGUUUGCGUCCUAUUCAAAUCCUAAUAAGUAUUAGAAGCCAUUGUGUUAUCGAGCUCCUUCCCCGUUAUUCCUCCCUAAAAUGGUUAAGGUGCGUGUGUGCAAUAUUAAUUAGCAAUAUUGGAUGUAAAGUGCGCUCGAUGAUAAUACAGGCGGGCAGUGUUGGUAGCGCGCGGCGGCGAGCCGGCUCCCUUCGUAGUGCGGCGUCGCGCGCGCACCACUCGCGUACACGUCUCCGCGUAAAAAUAAAGUCCACGGCCCGCGCUCUCGCACUUCAACCCAUUUAUAAUUAUCAGUAAAUCGCCGCGCGAGUGCAUGACUGCCGCGGCCGGCGACCGCUCGCCUAAAAGAAAAUCACAUUCGCUAACCUCGAACCCGAAUCUCACGUUGUUGUACACCGGGCCCUUGUUCGAUUCACUAACGAACGACGCGAAAUCCCUAAAAUACGUUUAGAGGAACCUCGACUAAAUCGUCACUCCUACGCAAUAGACACCGCUGUCGUGAGACGUGUGAAGUCGUCUGUGAAUGGACCGUGUGUGUUUGUGAUAAUAGUUGUUGUUUUAGUGAUAACAGUGUAACGAAUUUUUCAACAUGCCUGAAAGACCGAAGCGCCGUAAAAAUAAUAAAAACAAACGUAAAAAUAAAAACAAUAAACCUGAUACAAAUAAAAAUAAUAGUGAUGUGAAAACAAUAGACAACAGUGAAUCAUGUCAAAGUCAAAAUGACAAUGUGGAGGUAAUUGCCGAAAGUGAAGUGGUUGGAACUGAAAUAAUUAAAAGUGAAAUUUCGCAAACAGUUUUAGAAACUCUGAACACAGGUAGCUCUUCCCGUGAUGUAGUUAGUUUAAACGGUGAUUUAAACAAUAAUAGUAAUCGAGUCAUUACAGACGAAAUAACAACUUCUCAAGUGGAGGGAACGAAAGACCUUGAAAUCAUAGACACCGCUUACGUUGUAGAAUCUCCUGAAAAUUCACUUCAAAAUAAAGCUAAAUUGAGUAACAAAUUAAAAAGUAAAAGUUUGGACGAUGACGAAGCUACAAAAAUAAUUGAAAUUACUGAAGAAAUAAUUAAUGCUCAACCUAGUGAUGAAAAUGCGUUGGCCUUGAUAGAUAGUCAAAAUGUGGUUGUUACUCACGUUGAUUCGGAUAUUGAAUGGGAAAAUACUACAGAUUUAAAUGAAAACAAAAAUCAAUCUCAAGAAGCAGCCACAGGAACUUUAUCUAUUACUUCGAUUCCGCUUACUGUGGCUCAAAUCGAUCAAACCAAGUGCUUAACACCUGAUGAAGAAAAAUCUCUCAGAAAUUAUUUAAAUACUCUUAAUCUAGCAACACAACCAGAUAGUUUAAACUCUGUGGAAAUUAAAACAGAAAUUGAACAGAUUAUAAAUCAAGAAAUCAAACAUCGACUGCGUAAAAAAGCAUUAGCAGAUGACUUUUUCAUGCAACGCCUUGGCCCUCCAAGGAUGUUAGAUGUGAUUGACGAAGAAGGUAGUAGUGGAUCAUCUAUGACUUCUCGACGUCAGUCUUACUUAAGUGACAAAAGAAGCGAUGUAGAAGAUCUAGAAGACGAUGUAUUUGAAGACAACAAAAAUAAAUUAUCAAAACAAAAAAAGAUGAUGACUUCAAGUGUUGUUCAUAAGAAAACUUUCGGAAAGUUAGUGCCUCAAGAAUGUGUCCUUGUCGGAGCAAAGAUAAAAGCUCCCGAAGUAACUGAGGCUAGGGGUGACUGGACAAUGCAAACUAUGGAGAAAAUGACUGGUGCUGAGGUUGUCUACCUAACAGAUACCUCAAGUAGCACUAGUUCUUUGCAUGAAAUUGAAGAUGAAGAUGAUGGAGUCGACACCGACGUAACAGUGCGUAUGAUAACACCGACCAUUGAAGUUACUGAUACUGAAAAUUUCUUAAAGAAAACAUUUAUAUCAAGUAAUACAGACGCAGACGAUAAGCAAAAUGGUGAAAUUAAAAAUGAACAAUCUGAACAAAGUAAUGAAAUACCUAAAAAUAUUUCGGACCGAAAAGACUUUGAGAAAAGCGAAAAACAAUCGAAAACUGAAAAUAUUAGCUCGGAGCAUAUUAUAAAAGUUAGUCUUGAAGGUGACAGACCUAUACAUCAUAAUCUAGUCGAAAAUAACAAAAAUAAAGUAGCAGAAGUAAAACCUGACAAAAUCCAAGAAAAUAAACAGCAUGUUGUUAAAACUAGUAACAAUGAGCACGUAGUAAAAAUUGUGUUGGAAGAGGAUUCUAAAAAUAUCAAUAAAUCAUUUUCUAAUUUAAAGGAAAACAAUGAGCGAAUUAUACCUGUCCAAUAUGAAAAAUCACCGGAUUUAAAUGUAAAUUUAGAAAACGAUUCCAAUCAAAAUUCCCAUGAAAUAGUGGUCCUAUCGACGGAUAAUAUUAAAACCAAUUUGUACGUUAAAGAAAUUGAUGAAAAAAUUGUAAAAGAGGACAAGAAACUGCAGCAAUCUCAAAAUAAAUUCGAUUUACAAUCAAAAGUAAUAAAAUGUGAAUUUAAUGACGCAAUAAAUAAUUUAAUCAAAGAAGUGGCUUCGGAAUCUGAGGACAAUAAUGAAAAUUUAAAAGAACCGAUUACUCGCCAAGACUCUUCUAGUAGUGUGGAUUCUUCCCAGUGCACAGCCAAAUAUAACCCUAAUUACUCGUCCCUUAAUGACAUAGCUAACAUUACGCAUGAUGAAAUUAAUGGAAAUAAGAUAAAUAGCGAUCAGAUUUCUUCAACUACCAGCCAUGUCAAAGAUGUGUUUGAAUGUGUUACAGGAACUACAACAAAAAGUAACACCAUAUCUGAUGACAGUAAGGAACCUCUUAAAUUGAGAGACAUAUGUGUUAGAAACAUAGCGUCUUUACCAUAUGGAAAUAAUAUUCUGGAAGAGCUGGCAUCUGUAUCAGAACGUUUGCAAAAUAUUGCACUGUACGGAGAAACUCAAAGUAAAAUAGUAGAAAACAAAUCAGAAAAGGAGAACAUGCCGCAUUAUCGUUUACCUGACUUGUCCUCAAUUGAAACCAUUGCAAUACCGACGAAACCGAAGGACCCAAAACCACCACCAAUACAGCCGAGGAAUUCAUCUUUAAAAAAGACAUCUCAGGAUGAUGACCACUGGACUGGUAUUCCGACUCAAUCAGAACCAGUGUACGUUUGUCUGUCACCUUCUCAAAAAAUGUUGAUGGAAAAAACGAACACUGUUAUUACCAAAGAUGAUGCCACUCACCUUGUUGAUAUGCACAAGAAAUUUGUAGAUCGACGAGGAUACAACGAGCAUUAUAAAAAUGGAAAGGACAGCGCAGAAAAUGAGAACGAACAGCCUAUUGUAGUACCUUUUAAAUCACAGACGGGAAGCCGUUUGCUAGCUUUGAUUCGUGAUCCAGCUCUAACAAAUAAUAUUAAUUCCCUGAAUGAUCGCCUGAAUAGUAGCUCAAGUGAAAUACACAGAAAACACACAACAACCACGUUUUCUAAACCAAAUAGCGAAAGGUUUCCGAGUCGAGACUUUUCAUUUAAACCUAUUCCUCCACCAAGGCCAAAAAAAUAUUCAUCUUCAUUCUACGAAAGUGAUGAAAGUUCCGAUUUUACCGAUAAUUCUAUGCGUUCUAUGAAAAGUGAGAAGAAAUACUUUCACUAUUCAACUGGAAACCUUAAUAAGGAAAUAGAGAGUGAUAUUUCUUCAAUACAGAACAUGCACCGAUACUUUACUGACACUAGAGAUGAAAUGAACGACUACAAAUGUCCGAGAAGACCUUCACUGCCCAAAGAUCUGUGCGAACAGCAAAUGGAAUACAUUCGCAAAAAAGAGAAGGAAGUAGAAGCUGAAAUACAGCGUCUUGAAGCUCUGAAGAGCAGUAUGCCUGAAAUGCAUAGGCAAGGACCAAAAGCUCCUUUAAUCUCAGAAAAAGAGGUAAUUGAAGAACGAGUGAAAGACUCCAACAAUUAUUUCAUUUCACGGAAAAAAGAUGUGACUAUGAACUCACAAGGUUCUGACCAUAAAAAAUCAAAGAUGUCCUCUGUAUUCAGCAGCAGUCAAGAAGAAUUACUUCGAGAGAAAAUGUAUUCUGAAUAUGUUACUCAAAUGGCGCAACGUGAGGAGAGAAAGCAACAUAAAGUGAUUAAAAUCACAAACUCUCCGGCUACAGCAAAUAAUUUAACCAUAUCGAAAAGCAUGCCAGCGCUUGAUGUUCUUGAUUCUAAAGUUAAUAAUAGAAUUGAAAAGGAGUUUAUAUCAAAGGCACGGGAACGGUGGGACAAAUUAGGUAUUAAAGAUCCCGAAACUGAAGACGAACAGGACUCUAACAAAAACGUGUAUAAAGAACCCAAAGUGAUCGAACAUAAAAUUAAAGUGAUUGAGUGUGGACAAGAGAAAGACGUUAAAAAAUUGCCGAAUCAUUUGCAAGAGUUCGUUCGAUUUACGGCUAAAGAUAGUGAGCAGGCUACGAGCAGCUCGGAGACCGUCAUGAUCGCACCGACUUUCAAGGCGCGCUCGACCUCACCAGGUAAGUUUGUACGCCUUUGAAAACGGUAAAAGAGAAGACAACGUAGUAAGUAAAAUAGUGGAUUAAGUUUAUGGGAGCCUAGUUUAAUUAAGGCUGCUACGUAAGUGAUAAAGGUGACAGAAGCGCUUCUUGCGCGAAACUACUGUUUAUUUGUAACGUACAAAUUAUCCUAGAUACGGGAAUACAAAUGGGGGUGCCUAAUUUAAGCAAAGAAUAUAGUAGAGAGCACAAAAUUUAAGUGUCAUGCUUAUCAAGAACCUAAAAAACGUAAAAAAAAUAUCAUAAGCCUUUUUUCCAUAUUUUAAAAUUUCAUAAACAGGUAAAAAGAAUUCAAGUAGAAUAACAUUUAAAUUUGCGCAGUCUAUUUUUAAAAAGUCUAUUAAAAAUCAUUUCAAAUUCGAUUUCCUGUUAAUUAAUUUUGACGGCUACUAUCGACAGGAUCCGACAUCUGACAAAAACAUUUUCAAAAUCCCAAACAACAAUCUAUCGUUUCGAAUAAUCCGAGUCUGUUCAGGCGCCAUAAUCCUUCGUUUCCAAAAAUACUCUAAAAAUGACAGAAAGGCAUGACAGAAACGGCUGAAAGUACAUCACAGUUUAGCUUUGUAUAUGAAAUGUAUAGGUUUCAUCGAAAAGGUUCACAUAUCUCGUUCAAUUUUGUGUCGAAAAUAUGUGUUUUUUUUUUGGGAGAGUGUUUCAGUGGACCGGUGCUUCCUGACGCACAUACGGUGGCAUAAAAGCAGCGUAAAAUAUAUUAAAAGCGCAACCAUUUUGAACGUGGCUUUACCAAAAAUUACCUUUGUUCCAUAAUUAUUUUGAUAAUUUUGUAACUAUCAUGUGCGUAUAGAUGUUUGUUUGAGAGAGAUUUCCGAAUCGUAGUUAAUACAUCUUGAAAUAGUAAACACAAAAAAAUAACGCUCUUCUUGCAGCAGUUGAUAAAAAUAAAUCUUUAAUCAGAGGAAGUAUAUUUGACAACUUCCCAAUAUGAAUUUAGGAGGCAAAAACCAAUUCUCGUUAACAGACCACCCUCUCCUUUCCAAUAAAAUUACUUGCAUGGUUCCCUAUUAGUCCCUCAUACGUACAAGCUUUUAGUGAUUGAAACCAUCGACACCAAAUUAAAUAAACAACCCUAUCACCAUUCCCGAAAUCAGGGCUAACGUAAUUACUUUCCCCUAAAAUUAUCAAUAAAACAAUGAUUGAACAUUAAAAACUAAUAUUGUUGAACUGAGAUACGAUUUAGUGUAUAAUACGAGGAUUUAUACGAAGAGGCAAAAACUGAAUUUGACUAAAACCAAGAAUGACAUUAAACUAAUUGAUUCGUUCAAAGGAAUUUGUUCUAUGAAAGGAAUAGGUAAAAUAAAUAUUCUCUUUUCGACAAAGUUUUAUUCUAGAAACUUAGAGGAAUUAUUUGAGACGUGCCUUUAAUGAAAUAGAAGGAAUUUUAAGUACUUGAGGGAGUCGAUUCAAAGGUUAUAUUAUUUAGAACCAUCGGGCGGAACAUUAACUUAUUCAGACCCACGACUAGACUUUUAAGAUAAAUUUCGUAUAGAAGUUGUCCUAAAUUUUCUCUCUAACGUAAAAAAAGACAUUUCUUCCAGAGUCUACAAUGAUUGAAUAGCAUGAAUGCACAAAAGCGACUACUCUAAGUCACAAACAGCCUAUGAAUAAUCUUAAGUCUGUGAACGCUGUACUUCUAGUUUUCUAAAUCGUAGGUCACACUCACAUCUCGCAUUCAUCAUAAGUAUAAACAAGGUCUACUAUUUUGUUUUGUUUUACUCUACCAAAUUUAAUUAACAAAGAGAAAUAUGAUGCUCAAAAGUUCAUUGGAAGCUUUAAUAAGCCGGUGGCCAUUUUAUCCCCUUAUAUAAACCGUGAAAUAACAAAAUAUCACCAAAGCUCUCGUCAAAAGUAGUUAAGAGAUUAAAGAACCCUUUUAAAUAAUUAAUUUACUUUAGACUUAGUGUGGGAGGCAACUAAACGGUAUUUUUAUAUAUGUACUUGUGUGUCAGGGAACCGUAAACCUUUUUGGAGACAACCUUAUUAUAGUUAGGGUGUUAAGAGAAUUUAUUCUGAAAGGGCACGUUAUUAAGCCAAUGGAAGAAGUUGAAAGUGCUUAUGCGUAAAAUGAUUUAUCUUAGUACAUAUCAAACCUUAUUUCUUGGGCAAUAGGUCCUUCCCGAAAAGAAUAGCAAUGAUAAUUGUUAUUGUUUUACAUUUGAAGUUUUAGUGUUUUCCAUACCAACCUUUUGCCGUCUGCAUACGAAUCCAGUAAUUCCAGUCGCUGGUCACAAUAGAUUAUCGGAUUUUCACAAAAAUAUUUCAAAAUUGAAUUCUCGGUAGUAAAAAUACAACGUGUACAUUACAUGGUAACAAAAUUGUUGUUAGUACCUAUCUAUACUAAUAUGAAAAGCUGAAGAGUUUGUUUGUUAAU